GUGGAGGAAUCCCGGGAUCUCGCGCUGCGGCGCUGCGGUAUCUGCUCAGGGGCAAAUGGCCGCGGCAAAGUCGGGCGUGCUUUCCCUUGCUGAGGGAGAGCUUAUUUCGUGUGAAGAAGCAUCCCCCCCUCAAAGGAAAACCCCCAUAUGAACAGCUCUGCCUGUUCAAACUUCCGUGGCGAUGCAGCCCCCUGUCCUCACACUGCAGAUCCGUGUUUCAAACCGAGGUGGAGAAAAAACAUGCCACACCCCAGCUCUGCAGUGUUGACGUUGGGGGCUUGACAACAACCCUGCGGUGUAGGAAUACUCUCAGUGUAGGUGGGGGGUGAAGCUGGAGCGCAUGGCAGCAACACGACCCUGCAAUAUCAUCGCAGGUUAGAGCUGGCGCUGAGACUGGUUUGGCUUUGCAGACCAAAAUCCCACUCAAUUCAUACUACAGCUUAUAGCUGUAGCGCUUAUUUAUUAUAUUUUUAAUUUUAAAAAAAUCCCGCCUUUCUUCCACCGUGGGGGGUUUCCUUCUGGUCCCAUUUCAUCCAGGUACUGAUCCAGACCCGGAUCUCGGGCAGGAUGGCUUCAUAGAUGCCCACAUUGCUCCUCUCUGGACGAUGCUUCUGCAUUACCUGCUUGGAGCACCAGGUGGCUGGUUCUGGAUGGGGCCUUUCUCAGCUCGGUUGCAUCACUUCCUUUUGGCUUUCUUCUGUGAGAGCGUGGAAGGCGAGGCUGUUUCUUCGUCCCUGUUCCGGCAAGGAGGCUCCUGAGCAGACGCCCCGAAGAGCAUUCUUUGCACGCGUUUAAAAGGGCAGGAGGGAAGCGCCUUGGAGCCGCGAUCGAUCUUUCUUUCUUUUUCUUUUGCAAGGACUACCCCUGUCUCUCGCGGAGGCCGUCGGAAGCAUGGGAGUCACCUGGUACGGCAUUUUGACUCGGGUAUUGAUUGACUCGGGCAUUUUGCUGCCGCAGAGUUUGUAGCAGGCUGGUGGUGCUUGAUGGGAGACGAUCAGUAGCCGAAAAGACUUCGAAAAGGAGUUGGGGAAGGAUAGGUUUUAGAACUGUAACGUGUGAACACGCGAGCGGCGGGUUUUGUAGUAGAAUUGGGUUACCGGCGCUUUAAAGACAAGGCGAGUCGAGAUGCUCGUGAAGCAGCAGCAGCGGGAGGCAGGGUUGUUCAAAUAUAUGCAACUGCCGUUGAGACGCCUUCAGCAGGGGGGAGGGUGUAAGUAGGUGACCUGGCUGUAUGAACGAAUUGCGUGUCCCCGCAAACGGGGGGUUGUUGCAAUAGCCGAGGCAGUUGCCCGAUUAUGAGAAAGGAGGAUAUCGGUUUGUGACAUUUAGGCUGAGAAGAUGAAGGACGCAGAGAGUCAGGAUCCUUGGGUGGAUGCAUUUGACAUUAGAGGCUGGAUGUAGGCAAGUAUGCGCUUGCUGGUACCACCACAGCUUCACCGCACCCCUGCCCUGGAUUCAAUAAUAAUAAUAAAUACCCUGCCCAUCUGGCUAAGUUGCCCCAUUAGUAACACAUCCUCUCAACCUAGGUGGAAACACAAGGCAGGAGAUAAAAAGGGAGAAGACAAUGGACAAUGAGGUCUAACAAAGGGUCAUCUGGGAUCUGGUCAAUUAUUGCUGUUGACUUACCUUUAGAUAUAUAAAUUACAGAUUUUUAGUAUUUUAUUUCAAGUCCACCUUUCUUCCAGGGUGGCAAGUGCUGUUUGUUAAAAUGGUAAACACAGUUCUCAUUCCUCGUUUUAUCCCCGUGAGAAUCCAGAGAGUCCAGUAUUAUGGGCAUAGCAAUCCAAGCCUCCUUGAAGUUCUGGGGAAGAGCUGAGCUGGAUCCGGGAACAGCCCCAUUGCCAUCACAUGACAGAAUUGAGCCUGAUUGCUGUGCUAGCUCCAGGCUGCCACAGCAAGUUGCCCCCUUCUUUCCCCCACCAGCUUGAGGGGAACAGGCACUGGUUGUAGUUUGGAUUGCACCCUAAUUAAUUCAAAAUAGUUAGCCUUUCCACACUAGUUUACAGGAGAAUGAUGUAAAAAUAUAGACAAUAAUAAAAUAUUUUUAUACUACAAUUAAAAUAUACAUAUUGAUGUAGCUAGUGCCACAACUGGGGGCUGCUGGGUUGUUGUUGAUUCAUUGCAGGGCCUUCUCAGUGACAGCUCCCCACCUGUGAAAUGCCCUCCCUCAUUCUUGACUUUUAGGAGGAAUUUGAAAAGAUUCCUCCUCACUGAGCCAAUGGAUGGCUGAAAGAUACUGUUCCUGGAAAUCCUGAAAUCAUUAGCUGAGAUCAGGCUAUUGUUUUUAAACUAUUUUUAGAAUGCUUAUAAACUAGAACGUUUUUGAAUUUUAAAAAGUAAUUUUAAUGACAGUGUUUUUAUGAUACUGUUGCUGCACUGGGCUUCUUUUGAUGUAAGGGCAGGACCACUGGAGAGUUGCAGUGCCAGAUGUAGCUGUAGAGACCGAUAAGGGAGAGACAUGUUUUAUCGCAGGUGGGGCAGAUGAAGGCAUCUGGAUUUGUUGCUAAAGGGGCACCAUGGUGUUUCUACUCUCUGCGCUCCUCCCAGUGGUACAUAAAGAAAAAACAAACCAAAUUCAACACAUCAGUCUCAAGAACUAGUAAAUAUAAACAAGAGCAUCCUUAUGCUAUAUAAUCAUAGUAAAUGGGCAGAUCUGAAACAAAGAAAAAACACUGUGUACCUUAUUUCUCUUCUAACAACCUAGACCAGCCAUACAACAUUUUUAAAAUGGUAAAAAUUGUGUCUAUGCUAAAUGUGUGUUUCUUCACUAGUACACCAUUACAGGUGUGUGUGUGUGUACGUCUAUCAGCCUUGGCAACCAACUGAAUAAAUUCUUGCCAAUGUGUUUAGUUUUGUGCCUCAUUGCCAGUGAUACCCAGUGCAUAGCACAUUCAAGAUGUGUAGAAAAACAUCUGAAACAAGCAGAUAUUGUAUAGUCUACCUCACUCUCAGUCUCAUUCAAAUGCUUUAUACAGCCUUGCAAAUAACAUCAUAAAAGUUACCAGGCCAUAAAUGUUUACUCACACACUUGCAGUACCUCAGUUACUUGCGGCAUAUCAACACAGCCAGUGGGAGAACAGCAACUCUCUUCUAGUCUGUCUUCCUAGUUGUAACUAUUGCAAGUAACUGUUAAUAAGUCUAUAUUUGUAGUUACAGAAUGCUCUUGGUUAUAAAGCAGAUUCCACACAGUAUGAGAAUUUUUGUGGCUUGAGUUAACACUCCACACUCUUCCAUGUCAGUUUAGCCUAUAUACAUAAGUCCCCAUUUAUUAAUUAUUUGAGUUUUUGAAAGUGGCUUUAGAUAAAUUAUGUGACAGUCUACAAAAACCAGGUAUGUCUCCCACACUAUUGAAACUUAGAUGGUAAGCCUCUCGUGGCAGACAAUUUUUUUGUGUUUAUUUACUUGUUUAUCACUGCCCAUGAAACAUCCCAAAGCAGUCAGCAAUUAAAAAUAGAUAUACAGUGGUACCUCGGGUUAAGAACUUAAUUUGUUCUUGAAGUCUGUUCUUAACCUGAAACUGUUCUUAACCUGAAGUACCACUUUAGCUAAUGGGUCCUGCUGCUGCUGCUGCUGCACCGCUGCUGCAUGAUUUCUGUUCUCGCCCUGAAGCAAAGUUCUUAACCCCGAAGUAAUAUUUCUGGGUUAGCGGAGUCUGUAACCUGAAGCGUCUGUAGCCUGAAGCAUAUGUAACCCGAGGUACCACUGUAAUAACAAUAUAAAUUUGUUUGCAAUCUACUUUGCAAAGGGGUCAUAUGCACUGGUAGUGCUAUGUUAAUAUUGACAAUAAAGAUGUUACAAACAUGGGCUUCUUUGGGUAGCAUAUAAAGAACUAAAGUACAUAGUGGCUGUGAUUUUGAUCAAUGAGGUUUUUUGUUGUUCUUGUUGUUGAAAUCCUUUCUCCUGUAUUAGUGUUUCCCAGAUGCCAGUGACGGAGGGGAAGAGUGUCCAGCAAACAGUUGAAAUUUUAACAAGAAAGCUUGAGCUGCUUGGAGCAGAGAAACAGGGAACCUUUUGUGUAGACUGCGAAACGUACCACACUGCACCCUCCACAAUGGGCAAUCAAGGUAAGCAUUUAAUUUCCUACAAUUUAAAUCUACAGCAGGUCAAACCACUACUGUUCAUUCUCUUUAUUUACCAAAAAGGAUUUGAGCCCUUAACACUGGUGUACCCAUUUUAGUGUUUAUGCAAGCAGCAACAACCCACCCUCAAGAAUCUCCCUAUUUCCCCCCCAAGGGUGGAAAAGCUUAAUUAAUUCUCCUCUUACAAACCAUGUUGCUGGUACAGUGGCCUUAACUGCAUUUUCCUAAAUAAAUACAUAAAUCCAACACAUCCAGAGGCUGGCUAACAAUCCUGGACUACACUGCAGGGGUGUCAUACGUUACUCUCCCCUCCCCACCCCCCACCCCCCCACAAAAAGAAAAAAAAGUACGGCAGCACUGGAGUACUUUGCAGGGCUGUAACUCGUGCUUUCUCAAACACAGUCUCUAGCCCCUGUAACAUCGAUAUACUAAUGAUUGAUUUUAUUUGUAUUUGUAUUUGUAUUAGCAGGGUAUUUUUUAAAAAAAUAUACACAUACUCAGAAAAAUAUCAGUUUUGGCAUUAAACUGAACCUGAGUCAGAAAGAACAUGAACUCCUGCCUUUGCUGCUAACUUUUGGAACCAUCACUUCUCUACUAAGGAAUAUGAGACAUCAUUUCCAUAUGAACCAGUCACUUCUCCAUUGUAGGAAUGUAGAGAGAAAAAUUUAAAGUGGCCAAGGAAGUCCUAAAAACGGCUUCAGAAUGAACCAGAAAGUCCCUUCUCUGGACAAUGAAGGAAGGACUUCCUGGGUCAUUUUGAAAUCAUUUGGGGGGUCUUCUCUUCAAGUUGUAUGAAUCUAAAUUUCUCUCUAGCAUUCAGCAAUCACAGUGGGUUCAUAUCUCACAAAGCAAUGGUUUUGAAUGGCACCCAUACAUUUUGCUUCAUAAUCUUUGUUCUAAAAGGGGUUGAGACUUACUUAAAAAACUAAAAUCUCAGAGUGUACCCACCCUCCACUGGCUUUGGGCUGGUAUAGAUGUACCUCUUUGCACGCACACACACACCCUUUUCAGCAUCCUUGCUUGUUCCAUUGACUGCAGUGGGAACAAAGUUCAGUGGACCUUUGCAUCAUUAGUCAGGAUCCAACCCACUAGCGCCAAGCACUUUUAGCAUCAUCAGAUAAACCCUGCAAGUAAGUCUUUGAAAGAAACUUUUACACAAAAACUUGUUGACAAAUGAACAUUUCAGCAAUGUUUGUGUCUUCCAAAUGACAUAUGAUUGAUUCAAGGUUCCAUUAAUCUAAGCAAAACAUAUUUUACAAGCUAUGUGAUACUUGUUAGACCUGAAUUAAAUUCAUCUGGAAGAUAAUUAGCAGAGCUGAGGUUUUACAGUGGUAGCUGAAGCCAGAUUUCCUGAAGGAACUUGGAAACGUUCAGUGUAUUCCUCAUCACCCUGGAAUAUGGCUCAGGGAGUUUGGCAUUCUGGAUUGCCAGCAAAUGUUCUUUGCCACUUUCUCAUAAGUUAAUUAUUUUCCCCUCUAGAUGUCAGCAGUGUGCUUGGGCACCCAUCCUUUUGCCUCAGGUUCAUAAACAUGGCUGGAUCCAUGAUUGCUAGCAUGGAGAUACAUACCCGUAUUUUUCGCACCAUAGGACGCACCGGACAAUAGGACGCACUUUGUUUUAGAGGGGGGAGAACAAGAAAAAAAAUUAUCCCCCUCUCUGCCCAGCGCCCCUUCAGCGAAGCGGCAGGAGGCGCUGCGCAGAGAGGGGGAGAACUUUCCCCCUCUUGUUUUCCCGCUCUAAAACAAGGUGCCGUUUAAGGUGCGUUCAGGCGGCUACCUUGGAAGCCUGGAGAGGGAGAGGGGGCGGGGGGCACUGACCCCACACGCGCUCCCGGCUUCAGGUCCUCGACCUGCUCUUUGGGGCUGGCGGGGGGAAGCCCACCACCAGCCCCAAAGAGCAGGUCAGGGAGCAGCGGAAAGGCUCAGCGGAGAGGCUCCUGCCAUAGCCACGUGUCACCUCUCCAGCUGGGAGAGGGUCGCGGGGCUAUGGCGUCUUCGCUCCAUAGGACGCACACACAUUUCCCCUUCAUUUUUGAAGGGGAAAAAGUGCGUCCUAUAGAGCGAAAAUAUUUCUGCAGUUUCUCAGUAGGGCUUGAAUCAAUUCCCUACUCCUGGCUUUCACUAAGCACAUUAAAACUGUGGAGAAAAACAGCAAAACACCACUAGAGCUGUACUGUAGGCAUAUCUGGGAGUAAGCCCUAUUAAACCCAGUGACAGUGAGCAUCUGAAUUAAAAAUAGAUCGGAUUAGGCUGCCUGUAUAACUACUAGUUUAAUCUGGAGAGAAACCCUGCAGUGAUUUUUUAAAGAGGUAUUUCUAAAGCCUCAUUUAGAUUAGUUAUAAAGAUGCAUCUUAUUUGGAAUCCUAAAACAGUUGCAGCACAGGGGACAGUUACAUCAGUUGCUAACACAUCAUUGUACUUGCCUUAAAAAAACAACCCCAGACCAACUUACAUUACAGACAUUAAAAUCAGGUAUAAAAACAGAAGUCUAAAAUCACAUCCAUUCCAAACAUAUAUAAAAGACAGGUCUAAUACAACCCACACCACUCAAAACUGGAAAGAAAUAGGCCACAAAUAUACCCCAAAUCCUGCAAAAGCAUUGUUUUUGCCUGGUACAAUUCCCACUGGUACAGUAGGACCAACAUUUGCUAUUACUGAAUUGAUCCAUUGAUCAGAUCAGCUUAAUCCCUUCAUUUUAAGGGGGAUUGGCAAACUUUCUCUGGAGUGUAACAGAGAUGCAGAUCUUAGUGCUAAUGUCUACUUAGGCAUGGCUACAAUGCAGGGCUGGCUAGCCUGUGGCUGGAUUCAGCCUAGCAAGCUGCAGGAAGUGGCUUGCCAGCCCCUACAACUUUUUCUUUGUCUCCCGAUCUCAGCGCUGAGUUAGGGAGACAAAACGUUCUAUGUGCUCUUUAGAGGUGACAUUGAGGGCAGCAUUUUCCCCACCCCUCCCACUCCAGUGGUAGGGGAAGGAUUGGAAGCACUGUACGUAUUUUGUUCCUUACAGAAGUACCUCUGAGUUCUAAAAGGCAGCAUUUCCCCCUGCUGUCCCUGACCUACCAGAGGUGGACAGGGAAGAGUGGGCUCUCCUGGUGCAGGACUUCUUCCUGUCCUCCUGCCCUAGGGCUGCCAUACAUCCGGAUCUUCCCUGGGUUUGUCCAAAAAAAGUUCAACAACUUUUGGGGUGUCCUGGUUUUUACUUUUUGAAAUGUGGCAACCCUAUCCUGUCCCCAACCCUCUGGAGCUGACUUUGAAGGUCCAUGGGGAGCCAGAGAUCAUGGAGGAGUAGACCGGUGAGGGAGAGGAGGCUCUAUUGUGUGUUCAGAAGUCCAUUGUGCCAAUAGAGCUGCGACACUGGAUACAAUCCCAGGUCUUGUGUUCGCUGUUCUCUGCAUAGUACUGUGCCACAAUAGAUUCAUUAGGCUUCUGAAGAUUUUUGCAAUGACUGUUGUAGUUCAAAUUAUAGUCAAACCCCUCUUCUCUCCAUCUUGCAAAAGAAUGUUGUUGAGUGUACUUUUGUAAGGAGGUUAAGCGGAUGUGUAUCUGAAGUAUAUACUCUAGAAAGAACAAAUGCUCAUUUAUCUCAAGAUCGUGGUUCUUUAAGUAAAAUAACAUUGAUUGUGUUUUGCUAGCCUGGAAAAGCCAUUCAGCGACCAGCGCGACGUAGAGAUUCUGUAACAGCCCCAGUGGUUGUCAAGCAGCAAAGAGACAAAGGAAAAUGUAGCAGAUGUUUCAUUUUAAAGCAUCUUAAGAGGGAAGGAAUAACAACCUUGAAGUGAAAGUAAUGCUGCUCUUGUUUCAGGGCAGGCUGCCAAGCUGAUGUAUGUGAUGCACAAUUCCGAAUAUCCCCUCAGCUGCUUCGCUCUCUUUGAAAAUGGUCCUUGCCUCAUAGCAGAUGCCAACUUUGACGUACUUAUGGUGAAGCUGAAAGGCUUCUUUCAGAAUGCCAAAGGGAACAAGAUAGAGAGCCGGGGAACCCGGUACCAGUACUGCGAUUUCUUGGUGAAGAUUGGCACUGUUACCAUGGGGCCCAGCGCCCGUGGUAUAUCUGUGGAGGUAAGGAUGCUCCUCAAACAAGGGGGAAGUUAGGAUAUGAGGUAAUAUAUUACAUAGCUCCAGCUCAGGGCAGGUAUAGCAAACAGUUUACUGAAUCAGGAAACAUAUCUAAUAAGUAUAUAGGAGGUGAGACGGUCUUUGUGGGCCUUUGAGGUGGUGUGGACUGCAUGCUAACUGGGGCUCUUGGGAGCUGGAGUCAAACAACAUCUGGAGUGCCACAGGUUUCCCAGGCCUUCCAUAGGACAUAACAGUACCUGGUUUAUCCCCUCAGAGCAUGCAGCUAGGUGUGCACACAGGCAGGGCACCAGGGCGAUCCAGGGUUCAUGAAACCUACACAAACCCUUCCCAUAUCCCUGUCCAGACUCCCACCCCACCCCACUGUGGUUAAGGGGUAAUAUCUCAAAAAGGGAGUUGCUAUGUUGUACUCAAUUUUUCCUCCACAUGUGCUGAGAAGCCUUUCUUUCCCUUCAUGAUCUUUUAUCUCUGUGCAAAGCCGUGACUAUUUCAACCUGAGGGUCCACAAGUUGGUUGAUUUGCUUGGCACACAGGCUUUAAAAGAAGUGAUCCCGUUACAACGAGCUUACUAAGCACCAUUUGUAGCACAUUAGCUGUGUAACUGUUCUCCAUAGAGUGUUUUGUAGGCAUUGUAUAACAUGAGCUCUUUAAGGGGCGAAUAUAUGCCUGGUUCAUGAAAAAUGAAAACUGGAUGGAUGGGCAAUUAUUGGCGGAGCAGAUUCAGACAGCUGACAGCUCGAGGUCACUGAGCUGUUUCAGUUGAGGGAAAGCCUGGUGUCAGUGGGGUGACAUCCUUGGGCAGUUGUCAGUGCCCCAGCAGAGUCCACUGCUGCUUUUCCUCAAGACGUUUUAAAAAGCUAAUGCAUACCAGUGCUAUCUUGGAGUUUAUGGCAGUGCCCCGGAAGUUGAGCGGUCUUGGAGCAGUGUAAUGGGGUGUGUGUGUGUGUGUGUGUGUGUGUGUGUGUGUGUGUUGGUGGCUGUUUUUACACUGCUAGAUUCAGAAUUUGCCAUUUCUAUCUCUGAUGCCAUUAGGAGCUAUCACUGGGACAAGUGGAGCUAGGUGCCAUCAAUAUGCUGGUGACGCUCAGCUCUCGUUGUCCAUAGCAUUAAAAGCAAGAGGCAGUGAAGAUCCUGGGCCAGUGUCUGGAUGCAAUGGUGGGCUGAAUGAGAGGACAUAAGAUGAGCCCGAAUCCUGGCAAGAAGGAGGCUCUGUGGGCAAGUGGUUUUUGUGUCUGAGAAGCUGGUCCAUUGCCUGCUACAGAUGGGGUUGCGCUCCCUCUGAAGGAGCAGGUAUGUAACCUUGUCCUUGGUGGCAAAGAGGGCAGACAGCUGCAACCAUUCCUGCACUGGGUCAUCUUGGCAACUUCAAGGCUAUACUACUUGAAUACACUCUACAUGGGGCUUCCCUUGUGCUUGGUCCAGAAACUGCCAUUAACGCAGAAUGCUACAACAGAAUGGUUGACAGGAUAUUAUACCUCUUGGCAUAUUAUACCUGUGCUCAAAGUGUAAUCCAUUUGUUAGAAUGGAGGUUGUGUUACUAAUUGAACUUUGGCUUGGCAAUCCAGACAGUUAGGUCUUUUAAUUUCAACAAUUUUUAAAAAGUAUUAUCAAAGACCUAAUCCUGUUUACAGAUGAAACCUUUUCCUGUGAACAGGAUGUGCUGUCUUUGGUUCUGAACUCAUCAAAAUGCAUUUGAGAGGGUGUGAUUCACAAAUUAAAUUUGAGUUGUUUAUGCCGAUUUAUGGGCAUGGUUUUGAUUUUUAAACAAGGCUAGUCCAAUGCCUAUGGAGAACUGAAUGGGUAGUGGUUAGCAAGCUCUGAACAUAGACAUACAUACACAAACCUGCACAAAGCUUUUCUUUUGGAUUUGUAGCAUUAAACCUUUGUUGUGCAAUGAAUGCCAAUUAAAACAAAUGACACGGUAGCCUUGAUGAUCUCAGCCAAAGGCAUGAUCCACUGAUCAGAACCAAAGGCAUACGCUUGAAAAGCUGACACUUUCAUAUCACUACCUAGUACUUAUUUGCUGUGUCACUUUGUCAAUUACCUAGGCAUUGCAGCUAUACCGUAUAAAUACUACUUCCACCUCUGGGUUCAGUAAUUGUCUCUAAUCAGCUGAGAGCUGUAUCUCCAUCUGCUGAGGAUGAACAGUAAAAUCCUAGAGGAAGGUAACUUGACUGGCAAUUCCUCAGCUUUGGAACCAUUUCUCCCCACCCCCAAGAGGUUUGCCAAAGCCUGAAUUUGAUCAGAAUCCAGAAUUAAUACAACAUUUGUGACAUGAGCAAACGUUUUGUGACUUUGGCUAAUUUUAGUCUUAUGCUUAUUUAUAAUAAAAAAAAAUUGCUAUGGACUCCACCCCAAAAAGGCACUGAAUUUGCCCUUGCUUUUGGCAUUUAUUCUAAUCUUGCAGUGAUAAGCCCAUACAAGCUUAAGGGUUGUAGCCAUUGCUGCAUGACCAGAGUUCUGUUUGCACAGUGGGAGUUCCCUUUCCUCACACUAUGCGAUUCCAAAAUCUAUUCUGGAGCGCCUCGCAACCAUAUGGAGCAGAUUUUGAGGAUACAUGGGUGGGGGCUUCAACGGAGAGGAAAUUUCCAUAGUACAAAUGGAAAUCUGCUGCUUGAACGAAACAGCAGUGUUUGAUACAACCCUAAAUAGAGCUAGAACUUGAGAGUGUCUGCUUGAAAGUUCUCAAGCGCCUCAGGAUUUUCACAAUCUCCAUUAACCCCCAGCAAUCUUUCUUGCAAAGAACGGGUGAGCCUCUCCACUGCUACUAAACAUUAUGCUUUUUGAGAGGUUGGGAUGGAAUCGUAACUGCCCGCUGGAGAGUUCUUGUUGGCGGCUGGCUGCUUCAGAGCUUUUGUUUCUGUUGCCAGGUGGAAUACUGUCCGUGUGUGGUGGCCAACGACUGCUGGAACCUGUUAAUGGAGUUCAUGCAAAGCUUCAUGGGAAGCCACGCUCCCGGAAUCCCAUCUGUGUUUGGCAAUAAGCACGACAGCAUCUACAGCUCGGCUGACACAAUGGUCCAGUACAUGGAACUCUUCAACAAGAUUCGCAAGCAGCAGCAGGUGCCUGUCGCAGGAAUCAGAUGAGGAAAGCUUCGUAAGGCCUUAUUUCACGGGAGCAAUCAGUUUGCUGAAUAGUCGGUUGAAAUUGCAGUUCCAUCCCAGUAGUCCAGAUCGCAAUUGUUUCCCAUUAAAUCAAUGCAGUCUGUCUCCCUAAGAGAGGUAGAAUUAAUUCUGUCUCAUCUCAAACCUCCAGGGGUAUGCCUCUCUUAUAAUAAUGGCAUACUUUGCCUUAGACUGCUAUCUCAGAGAUCUGCCUCCCGCUCUUGAAGCAAGAUUCCUGCCCCUGAGUGGAAGCUGGAGGAAAACAAUCAUCUUGAAGGAGCACAGGUUGAAAUUGCAUAGAAAUAGGAGAAUGGGCUUUGGGGGUCCUUAAUUUCCUUGACUGGCUACGAGUGAAUAUGAAAUUUCUAUGAGAGUGAAAAUAGGUUAAUAUGGCUUUUAUUAAAGGAACUUUAAUUUUGCAUAUUAAUGUUGUAGAUGUUACGUAUUUUAUAGAUUUUAUCCUAUAAUUUGCGGGAGAUUUAUAUUUUGGGUUGAAACGUAAUAUCUCGUUGAAGCAAGCAAGAUAAAUUAUCUGUUGGCUUAUCUGUGUUUAAGUUAUUGGCAUCUUACUAUCUUCAAAAAGCAUUUGAGAGGAAUAAAAUGUUUGGGCUUUAGGUUCAUUUCACUGAAGUCUUAGGGCUUAAUUCCUCUGCCUUCUUGACUAAUGUUUUCUGCUGGAACAGAUAAAACCCCUGACAGUGCAAAACUUGUACAGAGCAAGAUUUCAGUCAAAAUCACCAAGGCAUCAUUAUCUUUUGAAGAUGAUAUAAAAAAAAUGCAUACCUUGAAAGUUCUCAAAAAUAUUAAGAAUGAUGCUUAUUAAAGAAGCUAACAUGUUCACCUUAUUUUAUUUGUUUGUGUUUUAAAACUUAUUUGUUAUGUUUUGUUACUUCUACAGUUUGUUGUGUUUACUGCAUUUAAAGCUUCCCAAAUU